GUGAUCACCUAAGCUUGCUCAACCGGUGGACGCACCCUUUUCCCAGAAGGAUGCGUUCCUGCGGUCUGCGCGCCCCCUGGUGGGCUUCAAGUGACCCGCAGCUUUGGCCUAGCCAAGAUUUUAAAGCAGGAAGAUGCUCAAAGCACCGGGGGCUGGGAAGGAGCUCAGGGAAGGCGACUCCCGGCUGGGCAAGCGCGUAGUCUUUUAUUCAGGCUAUCUGCCACUUGACCAUUCCUGCUCCCGACCAUUCCGUGCCUUCUCGAAGGACCCCGGAGUCACUUCUCCCGGGAAGACUCUUUGGAGGAUCGUCUUACUCCGCGUCUACGGGAUGCAUUAAUCUUUCUCCGCCCAUACCGUAACGCGGCUAAACAGGCCUUCUUUCAGCUUUGGGGAAAGACCCAUGAGUGUGCCUGUGAGGCUGGGUGCGGCAGAUCCGCCCUGGAAGGAUCUCGGGACGACGCCACCUCAAAAAGAAAGGCCGCGGCAGCCCAGGCCACCGCUCUCCCCGCCGGCAGGACUGAGCCACACUGACACCUAGCGGCGGCCUGCACGCCCGCUGGCGUCCCGUAGCCAAGAUGGCGAGGCCGAGAGGCGCCUUUGCAAGAGAUCAUGUGUCUGGGGCGGAGCCUGUGCCUAGGGGCGGGAUGGAGCGGGGCGGCGCUCUAGGCCGAGCGGGAGGUCUUGGCUUCGGGCGCUCGCUGGUGGCGGACCCGGAGACAGCUGCUGCGCGCUGGGGCUCCUUGGCCCGGAUCGAAUUCGAUCCGGAGCCAUGAGUGUGGACAAGGCCGAGUUAUGCGGGUCUCUGCUCACCUGGUUGCAGACGUUCCAAGUUCCGUCCCCCUGUGCCAGCCCUCAGGACCUGAGCAGCGGACUCGCCAUAGCCCAUGUGCUGAAUCAAAUAGACCCUUCCUGGUUCAACGACGCAUGGCUCCAGGGCAUCACAGAGGACCCGAGUCCCAGCUGGAGGUUGAAGGUCAGGACACUGGAGAAGCUCUUACAGAGCCUGAUGGAGUACUCGAAGGAUGUCCUGGGGCACCCUGUGUCAGAACAGCACCUUCCAGACAUCAGCCUCAUCGGCGAGGUCUCAGAUCCUGCAGAGCUCGGCAAACUGCUUCAGUUGGUACUGGGCUGUGCUAUCAGUUGUGAGAAAAAACAGGAGUACAUCCAAAGAAUUAUGACGCUGGAGGAGUCUGUUCAGCAGGUAGUGAUGGAAGCCAUCCAGGAGCUCAUGACAAAAGACACUUCUGAUUCCCCGUCACCGGAGACUUAUGGGAACUUUGAUACACAGUCCCGCAGGUACUAUUUCCUGAGUGAGGAAGUGGAGGAGGGCGACGAACUUCAGCAGCGCUACCUGGAUCUGGAGCGGCAGCUUGUGCUCCUUUCAGAGGAGAAGCAGAGUCUGGCACAAGAGAAUGCUGCCCUGCGGGAGAGGGUGGGCCGGUCGGAAGUGGAGAGCGCCCCAGGCCUCACCGCCAAGAAGCUGUUGCUUCUGCAGUCGCAGCUAGAACAGCUGCAGGAGGAGAAUUUCAGGCUGGAGAGCAGCCGGGAAGAUGAGCGGCUGCGCUGCUUGGAGCUGGAGCGGGAGGUCACGGAGCUGCAGCAGCGGAACCAAGCGCUGACCAGCCUAUCCCAGGAGGCUCAAGCGCUGAAGGAUGAGAUGGACGAGCUGCGACAGUCCUCUGAACGUGCAAGGCAGCUGGAGGCCACUCUGAGCAGCUGCCGCCGCCGCCUGGGCGAGCUCCGGGAGCUCCGGCGGCAGGUGCGGCAGCUGGAGGAGCGAAAUGCGGGCGACGCCGAGCGCACGAGGCAGCUGGAAGAGGAGCUGCGCAGGGCGGGAUCCCUGCGUGCCCAGCUCGAGGCUCAGCGCAGGCAGGUACAAGAGCUGCAGGGCCAGUGGCAGGAAGAGGCCAUGAAGGCUGAGAAGUGGCUGUUUGAGUGCCGAAACCUAGAGGAGAAGUGUGACCUGGUGACGAAGGAGAAGGAGCGGCUGUUGGCGGAGAGGGACUCCCUGAGGGAAGCCAAUGAAGAGCUCCGUUGCGCCCAGCUGCAGCCAAGGGGAUUGACUCAAGCUGACCUGUCGCUGGAUCCUACCCCUUCUGGACCGGAAAACUUGGCAGCAGAGAUCCUGCCUGCAGAGCUCAGAGAGACUCUCCUGCGGCUUCAGCUGGAGAACAAGCGUCUGUGCCAGCAGGAGGCCGCGGACCGGGAGAGACAGGAGGAGCUGCAGCGCCACCUGGAGGAGGCCAACCGGGCACGGCAUGGGUUGGAGACGCAGCACCGGCUGAACCAGCAGCAGCUGUCUGAGCUAAGGGCCCAGGUGGAAGAUCUACAGAAGGCCUUGCAGGAGCAAGGGGCCAAAACUGAGGAUCCCACUCUGCUGAAGAGGAAGCUGGAGGAUCAUCUGCAGAAGCUGCAUGAGGCUGAUCUGGAGCUGCAGAGGAAACGAGAGUACAUUGAGGAGCUGGAGCCUCCCGCUGACAGCAACACUCGACGGAUUGAGGAGCUGCAGGACAGUCUGCAGAAGAAGGAUGCAGACUUGCGGGCCAUGGAGGAACGAUACCGCCGCUAUGUGGACAAGGCACGCACGGUCAUUCAGACCCUGGAACCCAAGCAGCGGCCACCCACUGGAGUGCCCCCAGAAUUCCAAACCCUGAGGACACAGCUCUGGGAGAGGAACAUGCGGAUACGGCAGCUGGAGAUGGACUGUGAGAAGAGUCGGAGUCAGCGGGAGCAGGAGGAAAAGCUGCUCAUCAGUGCCUGGUACAGCAUGGGCAUGGCCUUGGAGCAGCGAGCUGGGGAAGAGCAGGCUCCAGCCCAUGCCCAGUCCUUCCUGGCACAGCAAAGACUGGCCACCAAUGCUCGCCGAGGACCCCUGGGGCGCCUGGCUUCUCUGAGCCUUCGCCCCACUGACAAGCACUGACAGACCUCAACUUCCUGGCCACCUGCUGGAGUCCUCCAGCUCCUAAGGUCCCGGUUUGGGACCUUGACCUUGAUUGAGGCUAUAAUUUCUGCCCUUUGAUUCCACCUAAGGGAGUGGCAGAUGGCAAGUGUAGUCCUAACCCUUUAGCAAUGUGAUCCUGAAUUCUUCCCCUGGGCUUUAUGUCUUACCUGGGAAGAGCCUGAUUUUAUAUUUGAAAAGAAUAAAGACUUUAAAUAAA